CAUUCGAAUAGUUCAGCUCAUCCUAGGCGGGUUUAAAGUUCCUAGAAUCGCAAUCGUUUAAAAACUCAAACCAACCGGCAAAAUGAAUAAGUUUGCAGUGUUCGCAAGCGUGUUUUGUGUUCUGUUGGCGGGAAACCUGGUUUUUUCGGCACCGGCUCCGCAGGCUGGUGAUGCUGCGCCACGGUCCAGCGGCCAGGAUGUGGAAGUUGUGCGGUACUUCAGUGAAAACAAUGGACCAGAUGGAUACAAAUUCACAUACGAACUUAGUGAUGGUCAGAUUCGUUCGGAGGUCGGUACUUAUCGGGACGUAAAGGACGCGGAGGGCAAUGAUGUGAAGUCGCUAUUCGUUCAAGGAUCGUACUCGUUUGUUGAUCCUAAUGGUCAAACCCACUGGGUGAACUACACUGCCGAUGAGAACGGAUAUCAUCCCAAGGUCGGCACUGGCCCCACCGGAGGAAUCCAGCCGGGACAGGACGCUCCAAUCACUAGCGCAUAAGCAGGGAAACACACUAGCGACACACAUUCUAAGUCAAUCCUUCGAAGUGAGAUACGCAGCAUAGUGAGACACGCACCUAGCCGAUGAUGUAAAUAAUAUUGAAAGUGGGAAGCAAGUGUUUCCCUUAGGAAUUAAUGAUACGCAGUAAAUGAUUAAAUAAACUUCGAAGCACUCAUGCUUAAUGGAA